UAGUAUUCCCCUACUUCUCUUUCCCCCGGUUUAUCGUCCUACAGAGCAGAGACAGGGUGUCAGGCCUGAAAUUGAAAUUAUGAUUUCCCAGUAACUGAUUUACCUUCUUUUUUAAAUUUCCUAACAACCACUUUAGCAUCUUUAUCGCUGAAGAAUUGGGAACCGCCAAAAGGCAACGUAACGAACUUCUUGCGGAGAAACCCUAGACCUCGUAAUGUCAUUCCUCGAGGAAUUUCAAGCCAAUUUGGAUUCACUUCCCCAUAUUCUUCAAAAGAAGUAUUCAUUGUUACGUGACCUUGACAAGAGUUUACAAGAUAUUCAAAAGCAAAAUGAGCAACGUUGUGAACAAGAAAUAGAAGAUAUUAGACGAGGCGUGAGGUCUGGGAACAUCACACCUGAUACCUCACUCGUCAGAUUCUCUGAUGAAGCACUUGAUGAGCAAAAGCACAGCAUCAGGAUUGCUGAUGAAAAAGUUGCCUUGGCAGUGCAGGCAUACGAUUUGGUAGAUACACACAUACAACAGCUUGAUCAGUAUCUGAAGAAGUUUAAUGAAGAGCUGAAGCGUGAUAAAGAAAAUGCUGCAACGACUGGAGUGCCUGCUUCAGGUCAAGAUGGUGGUACAAAAUCUGGAAGGGGUAAUGAAAGUGGUAGAGGAGGGCGCAAAAAGACACGCCAAGCAUCAGCUACAGCAGCACCAGCACCAGCACAAGAAGCCCAAACUACAAAUGCAAACCCAUCUGGCAUGGAUUUAGAUUUACCCGUGGAUCCAAAUGAACCCACUUACUGCUUUUGUAACCAAGUUAGCUAUGGCGAGAUGGUUGCAUGCGAUAAUCCCAAUUGCAAAAUAGAAUGGUUCCAUUUUGGUUGCGUUGGUCUCAAAGAGCAACCCAGGGGAAAAUGGUACUGUUCAGAUUGUGCAGUGACAAGAGGUCGCCGUAAAGGAAAGUGAGGCUGAUAAGAAGUGGAUAUGUUCAAAUGACACUGUAUAUAUGCUUAGAAUCUUCAGAUAGGAAGUUAUUUUGAUUUACGUCCUUGGAGCUCUGUUUCCGUACCCUAGAUUGUCUAGGAAGAUUUGGAGUUGCAUGUUUUACUUGAAGUCUCUGCUAUGAUAUGGGGUCUGCCUUGUCGCUCUUCUUGGUCAUCCGAUGUGUUUCUUCUUGGAGUUGACGACUGGCUUAAGCUGUAAGCCAGAAUUGCUCUGAAAGUAUGGAUUAUGGAAUGUGGAUGGUUUUGGCAGGUAGGCUUCUCGAAUGAUAUUCUGUUAUGGUGUAAUGAAGGUUUAUUAUCCGUGUCUUUGCGGUUUUAUUCAUUUUUCACGUGAAUAUUUUGUAUUUAAAAAUCAAAAGGUGGUGAAAUAAUCAAAAUUUAUGAUGAGAUGGUUUUGGGUUUA